AUGGUGAACAUUCGCUCUGCGGCUGAGUCUGCUGUUAAAGCCUACAGUGCUGCCAUCGCGCUUGGGGGCAAUUAUUCUUAUCCACUCCCAAAACUAGCAAGCCAUGUCUCAACCUUUUUUAUGCCUAAUUAUACUUCCUACUCGCUUGGAGAAAUAAACCUCUCGCCUAACCAGUCGGUUGUUGCCAGCGAUUUCGAGUCCAUAUAUUCCGAAUGGAGAUCAAACGGUCAACCCGGAACUGUUAUUCAAAUAGUCCAUCAUAAAAUUCAGCCUGUGUCCAAUUCAAGUGCCAUAUGCUGGUUGACCUACCAUAUUGAUCCGCAAAAUGGACAACCGGAGUGGGAGUGGACCAACGUCUAUGGAUUUCGCCAGACUGAGGAAAAGUUCACAAAUGGUUUAUAUGGAGGGUGGGAAUUCGCGGUAGAGGAUAACGAGCAUUCGCAAUAUGCGUCGCAUUCUCACUAG